CAAGAUCUUCAUUUGCAGAGGGUGACAGGCUCAGCAACCGUGCAGCAUGCCUAACAUUUUCCCAUACAUGUAACUUCUUCCUCUACUCAUCUUGAUUGAUCAGAAAACUUUUCUCCCACUUAAUAUAGCCCAAGCCCCGAGUUCCCAAUUGAACUUUAUAUUUUGUUAUCUUGUGCAGAAACUACAGGUGAAUAUAUCACAUCUCUCUCUCCUCUCUCUCUCUUGUUUUUCGGUAUAUACAUACAAAGUCCUACAUACACCUCCUUGGAUCAAUUGAAAAGUAAGAAACAUGUAUCCAUCUGAGAAAAAUUAUAACCAGAUAUUCAACCCAGAUUCUUCGAGUACUGCCCCACCUCUUCCACAAUACAAUGAUGCAGCCCCGGCAAUUGGAAUUCCGGUGAAUUCCACAAACCUUCAAGCUCCAGUUCCUUGGUCAUCCGGCCUCUGUGACUGUGGUGACGAUCUUAAGAGCUGUUGUUUAACAUGUUGGUGUCGAUGCGUUGCCUUCGGCGAGAUCUCUGAGAUCGUGGAUGAAGGAUCCACCUCCUGUGUAGCAAAUGGAGUAAUCUAUACAAUGAUCAUGAUAUUUUCUGGCGGGUGUCAAUGUUGUUACUCAUAUUGCUAUCGGUCCAAGAUGAGGGAGAAAUAUAACUUGGAAGAGCAUGCCUGUUCAGAUUUCCUCGUUCAUUGUUGCUGUGAGCCAUGUGCCAUCUGCCAAGAGUAUAGAGAGCUGCAGAGCCGUGGAUUCGAUGUGAGCUUAGGAUGGCAUGGUAACAUGGAAAGGAGCUACCGUGGAUUAGAGAUGCCUCCUAUUGUGCAACAAGGCAUGACUCGAUAGACUAUAUAUUAAUGAAGAUUAUCGCAUUAUAUAGAGGGCUUUGGCUCUAAGAGAUUAUUUUGUUACAUGCGAUGAUUCUGAAUUUUUUUUAACUUCAAGAUAUGUAUUAUAUAUGUACAAGAUGUGAGGUGACCUUAGUGUGAUUUGAGUUCUUUGUGAUUGUUUAAAUGAAAAUUUUUAGUAAAAUAAAAGCCAAAAAAAAAAAAAAAAAAAGAUAACAGGCUCCUUUGUUUGCCCUUU